CUGUCGAAAAUCAUUUGCAGAUUUUUUUUAAUUGCGAGACAGGCUCUCUCUCUCUCUCUCUCUCUCUCUCUCUGAAUCUGUAGACCGGUUCAUCAUCGUGUCUCCUCCGACAAAAAAAAAUCGAUCGCAGCAAUGCAUGCUCUAAAGGACAAGGUCUCGCAAAAGCUUUCGAAUCUCUUCGCCGAUUCCCCUUCCCAAUCUGCAUCUCCUCGCUCUGCCCUCACCGAUUCUCCAAAGGGUUCAGGGGGGAAAUCGUUUACUUCGUAUUUCUCAUUCGGUGCUGGAAACGAGGAUGAAGAUUCUGAAUCAUCAUCAUCAUUACCUCCUCCUCCUCCCAUUAGAACGGACAGCUACGAGUCUGUUGAGAAUUGCAAACAAGAGGAGGAUUGUAAUAAGAACCAACAAGCUGCUUCUUCCACUAUGAUGGGUGGAGGAGGGGAGGAGAUGAAGGAGUUAACAGAGAGCUCUGCUUUUAUCUCUCCUAACUUGUGCGAGUUCUUGCACGCUUGUCUUCCUAACAUCGUUAGAGGUUGCAAAUGGGUCUUGGUUUACAGUACGUUGAAGCAUGGCAUUUCACUUCGUACGCUUCUUCGUAAAAGCGCUGAGCUUCCUGGUCCUUGUUUACUGGUUGCUGGAGACAAACAAGGUGCAGUUUUUGGUGCUUUGCUUGAAUGUCCAUUAACAACUACUCCUAAGAGGAAAUAUCAGGGUACAAGCCAGACAUUCUUGUUCACUACUAUUUAUGGUCAACCACGCAUAUUUAGACCUACAGGUGCCAACCGAUAUUACUACAUGUGUAUGAACGAGUUUUUGGCCUUUGGAGGUGGAGGAAGCUUUGCGCUAUGUUUAGACGAAGAUUUGUUGAAAGCAACAAGUGGACCUUCUGAAACAUUUGGGAACGAAUGCUUAGCUAGCAGCACAGAGUUUGAGUUGAAGAAUGUCGAGCUCUGGGGAUUUGCGCAUGCGUCUCAGUACCUCUCCUCCUGAUCCUUGGACGAGAAUUGAUAUUUAUUACAUCAAAAGGAAGCUUACCCAUCUUUUUGAAUCUAUUAAUUGUUUCAGAAGUUAUGGUUAGGCUAUAAGACAGUUUUGAGGGUUUUACAUGAUUGUAUCUGUGCUACUAAUUCAGCUGUGUGACCUUUCUCCGAGAACGAUUGUGAUAUUUUGUCAUAUACAUAUAUAUAAAAGAUUCAUCUUGUUUCAAAA